AUGCUCGACGACGCCCACACGCACCUCGAGACGCUCCUCGUGCGCACGAGCAUCCUCGAUGCGCCGAUCGGACACCGACGCCUGAGCGUCCACGAGAUCGACGACAGCAUUCGCGUCUCGAUGCAGAGCGUCGCGGACAUUCCGAAGGACUUCGUCGCGUGCAGCGAUGCGAUCUGGUCGCGCUGGCAUGGCCAGCUCACCGCGUCCUUGCCGCACGUCCGCAUGGAGCUGAUCGAAGACUUUGGUGCGAGUGGCGUCUACGUGCAGCUGUCGUCGAGCUUGGACACGACGAGUCAUGUACCCUGCGUGUACAUCAUGUAUGCGAUCAAACGCUUCAUCUUCCAAGACCGGAUCGUCUUUGUCCUCAAGACAGUGCUCGAAGACGAGAUGCACCCACCGCCGCCCGGACAACUCGUUGGCAACCACAACGCGUGUAUCCUUGUGCAGGCGGCAGGCGCCAACCGCACGAUCCGACGCAUGGUCGUCGAAGGGAGAUUGCCGGCGGAAGCGCCGCAGCAGAACCCGCUCUUCCACUCACCCGGUCGCAUCAGCGACGCGGUACUCAAGCUGCUUCGGUCUGUGUUUGACGAACUGGAAGCCACACUGAGUUAGCAAUCUCGGCGUAUGCACAUUUAUAGAGGACGUUUACGGACGCAUGGAGGGGCCGCGACAAAGUUCAGAUUUUGC